UCUCCCCUAUUGUAACUUGAGGGACCACUGUAUAACUUGUCAUCUGUGCCAUUUAACACUGAAGAGACUGGUUGGGCCUACAGGAACAGGCACCAUACCUAGAGACAUUGGGGCCAUGCUGAUUUCAGCUUUGUUACCCUAUUAAAUGCCAUGCAUUAUGCAGUUUGUUAGAAGAACUUCAUCCCAACCGAUUUACUAUGGGGGGACAUUUAUCAAAGCAUUUAGUAGUUUUUUUUGCUUAAAAUUGUCGCAAAAAAGUCGCACUUGCGACUACUCUCUUUUUUCUGCGACUUUUUGAUUGUGCAGUGUCCUAAGCAAAAAAUAAAAAAUCUUGCUAACCAAAGCAAAAAGUAAUUUUUGACUUGCAGUGGUCAGAGAUUUAUCAAGUGCGAAAGUCGCAAAAAAAAGUCGCAUUACUUGAAAAAAACUACUAAAUUUACUCCAGCUCAGACAUGGAGCAGAAAAAGCCACUACCAAAGCAAAAACUUCAUAAUGUCCCAUAAAAGUCUUUAUGACAAUUGUGGUGUCCACACUGUCUGCCCCAAAAUUUGCUUCUACACUACAAUCUCAAGAAAUCCCGAAAAAGAGGCGUGGCUACAAGAAAUCGUCAAAUCAUAAUCUAUUCCCUGACGAAUUCACCUACAACGAGUCCACAAGUUCCACGACUAGUCCACCGUUGACAUCAAUAAUGAACACGGCAAACACAGCAGUGAAUAAGCACCCAGGAGCUCCGCCACGAAAACCAGAUGAUGACAGAUGUCUCACUAAAUCUAGAACUGAGCAGAAGUGUGAAAAACACAACAAGGAUCCACUGUGCUCUUUUUGGAAAUCCAUUGUGCAUAUAAGAGAAAAUGCCUGUGAGAGAAAUAUCACCAAUACUGUCCAGAAAGUGGCAUCUCAGAUCACUGACCUUCUCAAUCAAACUUCCUUGAAAAAGAUGGACUUCUCGGAACUCCAAACAGUUGUCGUUGCAGUAAUAGAAAACGUAGAAACUGCACUACUGGAAUCUUUCUCUACAGACCCCAAAAAUGAAAAAAUAAGCACUCCUGAAAUUGAGGCUGAGAUGAAGGUUUCCCAAGACUAUUGCGGUAAAGAAUCUUCCAUUAUCCUAAGAGUCGAUAAAAACAAAAUGGAAGUACCGUGUUCACUUGUCAACUUCACAGGUGGUGGAGCCAUGUUCAUCGCAUACAAAGGUCUAAGCUCCAGGUUAAAUGGAAGUAUUCUUGCAGCUUUUGGGGAAUCUGAAGAAACAGAAAAAGAUGAAGUGAUCUCCCCAGUGGUUUGUGGAGCGAUCACAAAUCCCAAUACAAAGAACCUGGAUGCUCCAGUGACCUUCACAUUGAAACAUCUGAAGACUGUAAAACCCUCCAACAAUUUAUGGUGCGUAUUUUGGGACACAAAAACAGAAAUUUGGUCAACCCGUGGAUGUACAACUCAGAAGUCAGAGCAAAAGGACAGUACCCUCUGUGUCUGCACACAUCUCUCCACCUUUGCUGUCCUGAUGGCCCCCACUGAAAUCCAGGUGGACACUGGCUUGAAACUGAUCUUUCUCAUAGGCCUCAGUAUAUCUCUUGUCUGCUUGUUUCUCUCUUUUCUCACCUUCAUCCUCUAUCGGUCUCUGAGAAGCGCUCACACCUCCAUUCUAACAGUUCUGUGUGGAUGUCUCUUCCUGGGCCAACUUCUCGUUUUGGUGGGACUUGAACAAACCUGGAAUAAGACCCUCUGCUCAGUGAUUGCCGGCAGCCUACAGUUCAUCUUCCUCUGUGCAUUCUGCUGGAUGUCUCUGGAAAGCAUCCUUCUCUUCUUAGCUGUCCGAAACAUGCAAGAUAUAAAUUAUAUGAAGUCUCAACGCUCUUAUUUCCCAUAUGUCUGUCUGGCUGGGUUUGGAAUCCCCGUCAUCAUAAUGGUUAUAUCGGCUUCAUUAUAUCCACAAAUGUAUGGAAGGAAGACAGUUUGCUGGCUUAAAGUUAGUCAAGUCUGGAGUUUCCUUGGUCCGGUUUGCUUGUUUAUUUCUGCUAAUUUUAUUCUCUUGGUCCUCACAUUUUGGCUUCUCAAAAAGAAGUUGGCAUCUCUAAACUCUAACGUCUCUACCCUAAAACAUACCCGCCUACUGACAUUCAAGGCCUUCUCCCAGCUCUUCAUACUUGGCUGUACAUGGAUUAUCGGCCUCUUUCAGUUUGGAUCUAGUUCCAUUGUUGUGUCUUACAUCUUCACAAUCUGCAACAGUCUCCAAGGAGUGUACAUCUUCAUUGUACAUUGUCUCCUCAACCGCCAGGUACGGGAAGAAUACAGCCGAGCAUUCCAUAAGUUUUAUUCUAAGAAGUCAAAGUCUUACAACGUGUCUGGUACUACCACACGCAUGAGUCUAAAACCAAGUCAAAGCUCAGAAAAAGAUGGUUUGGACGGCAUGGAGAACCAAAUAUACUGAAGACGAAUGGACUCCGCAAUGCAUGUGACAUCAUCCACUUCAAAGAGUGCCAGUAUGAACAAUAUAAAGACAUUAGGGCACCUACAGUAGAACACAUAAGCACCUUCAUAAGGAAAAGAAAUAAUGGUAUUCAUCCCAGCUGCCACCCCAUUGGACGUUUGACUGUCCAAUUGAAUGUUUGCCUGAGACUUCUCCUCCAUGUUGAAGGUUUUAACCAUUACCCUACCGGAAACCCAGGUCACGGCUGAAUAUAUUAAGGAAAAACUAAGAACAGGUUUAUAAGAAAGUCAACCUCACUGGCUGGAGCCGCUUCUUGAGGAAAAGAAAGAUGGACGUCUUUGUUCCUGCAUUGGCUAAUGUGGGCUAAAAAAAUUACAUUUAGUAUAAAGUCCACUCUGAAUUAUCUGACCAGAUUUUCUCCAAGCUGGAUCUGCUUGGGGCCUACAAUCUGAUCCGAAUUUGUAAAGGCGAUGAAUGGAAAACUGCUUUCAACACUCAUAAUGGCCACUACGACUAUCUUGUCAUGCCAUCUGGUGCAAUGUUUUGCAACGCCCCGGCAGUCUUUCAGGAAUUUAUAUACCAAUAACACUGAUGUGAUAAAGGCUGUCACCAUAAGGAGAGGGCGUAUGAAAACAAACCCACUCGUACUCCAACAGCACUAAUAUGAGGACCACAUAAAGGUCUGCUACCUGCAGUGAUCAAACAACUAAAAACCUACAAAAACAAUACCGCAGCAGGUCAGAACAAAGAAAAACAGGGGAUAGCAGCUGAAAAAUGGACGGCACAAGAGGCAGUACUGGUAAUAAAGGAUAUAUAAACCAAUACAACCCCAAGGGAUAAUAGUAUAAUGCAGUAAAGGGGUUUAACCUAAGGUGCCAGAUAAUGCAUAAGAACAGUAAAGUGCAUGGGCAAGAACAUUAAAAUGCAAUCUGCCUAGUCACCAUACAGGAUACCCACAUAGUCACGCUAAGAACAGCCUGGAGACGUCCACUCCUACGUCCAUUUCAGAACUACAUCCGUCUUCCGGGGAAAGAAGGACCUUUGCAUUAUACUAUUAUCCCUUGGGGUUUUAUUGGUCUAUGAAUCCUUUAUUACAUGUACUGCCUCUCAGGACGUCCAUUUUUCAAAUACUAUAUAAUCUCUGCUUUUAUGUGCUUGUUAUAUACCGUAUUUUUCGCCGUAGAAGACGCACUUUUUCUUCCCCAAAACUGGGGGGGAAAAGUCGGUGCGUCUUAUACGGCGAAUACGCCCCUAUCGCGGCGGUCCCUGCGGCCAUCAACGGCCGGAACCCGUGGCUAAUACAGGACAUCACCGAUUGCGGUGAUGCCCUGUAUUAACCCUUCAGACGCGGCGAUCAAAGCUGACCGCCGCGUCUGAAGGGAAAGUGACACUAACCCGGCUGUUCAGUCGGGCUGUUCGGGACCGCCGCGAUCUCACCGCGGCGGUCCCGAACAGCCCGACUGAAUAGCCGGGUUAGUGCUUACAGGACACCGGGAGGGACCUCACCUGCCUCCUCGGUGUCUUCUCCGUUCAGGGAUCCCCUGUAUGGCCGGCGCUCUCCUUCCUCGUCAUCACGUCGUCGCGUUCGUACGUCGGCGUGCGUAACGACGUGAUGGCGGCGACAGAGAGCGAGGAUACCCGGCCGGCAGCAGAGACGUUCCGGAGCGACGGGAACACGGCGACAGCGAUGGAGCGACAUCCAGGGCAGCGGUGACGGGUCCGGAGCGGCGGGGACACGUGAGUAUUACCUCCUCCUGCAGUGGUCUUCAAUCUGCGGACCUCCAGA